CCGGAAGGGGAAGUGAGGCUUCCAGGCUGACGGAGCUGCUGUGUUACUCGGCUGUCCUGAAAUCUAGGAAAGUCGUUUUCGCUUCACUUUCCCUGGCUUUCGAGCGCUUCCCCCCUGGCGGGUGGGAGUGCAGAGGCUGAAGCGCAAGAUGAGCACCAUGUUCGCAGACACGCUGCUCAUCGUGUUUAUCUCCGUGUGCACGGCUCUGCUCGCCGAGGGUAUAACCUGGGUCCUGGUUUACAGGACAGACAAGUACAAGAGACUGAAGGCAGAAGUGGAAAAACAGAGUAAAAAAUUGGAAAAGAAGAAGGAAACAAUAACGGAGUCAGCUGGUCGACAACAAAAAAAGAAAAUCGAUUUGAUGGUAGAGUGGUGGCAAAGCUCCCUUUCACCCCCCUUUCCUACAUCCAAGGACUGUCUCAUCGAAAUCUGCUGGGGGAUGAUACCACAGACUGUUCCUUCAUCUUCCUGUAUAUUCUCUGUACCAUGUCAAUUCGACAGAACAUCCAGAAGAUCCUUGGCCUUGCCCCUUCACGAGCCGCCACCAAGCAGGCAGGUGGAUUUCUUGGCCCUCCACCUCCUUCUGGGAAGUUCUCUUGAAUUUAAGAAGAACCCUGUAAUUCCUGUCAUUCUUUUUAGACAUUCAAAUCAGACCGGCAACUAUUUUGUAGCAAGAGCCAUAGGCAGCCUUAGCACUUGGGCCACUUUCUAAUUUUGAGUUAUUUCUAGAUUUUUUUGGAUACGAUUUGAAUGAGAAUGGCACUCAACAAGCAUGAUAGUGCUUUUGGUCACAGAUUAAUUUUUUUUAAACAAGUGUUUUGAUUAGAUAAGCACAGGUGAUGUUUAUGUAAUAAGAAACGAAUUCUUAUUUUGCUUACCCAAAUAUUUCUGUGGGAUCAACUCUCAAGUAUGUGCUGUGUGCCAUGUACCAUGGAAGUUGGCUCUCAGUGAGCAUUUAGAGAUCUGGAAGAAAAAUUUAGUUUAUGUAACUCUUAUUUGGAACUAUUUGUUGUGUGUUUUUUUCAACCCAAAUAUAUGACCUGAGAUCAAUAAAAGAGGCCAAAAUUUUAGCUAUUUCAUCUACGAGGAGAGACAUGUUUUGUUUUGCCAUAUUUCUAGAUACAUAUUUUUAGUAAUCUGAACAUAAGGGUAAAAUAAACAUUGGCCAGGAAGGGGCAA